AUGGGGAAGUUUGACGACCACGAGAGGAUAAUCCUCAACGUCGGGGGCACCAGACACGAAACCUACAAGACCACCCUGAAGACCCUGCCGGGCACGCGGCUGGCGCUGCUCGCCUCCGACUCGGACAUCGACUCGGUGCUGGACCAGCUGCAACAAGUCCCCGGCUUCAUCGAGUACAACGCCCGGGACAACGAGUACUUCUUCGACCGACACCCGGGGGUGUUCGCCUACGUGCUGAACUACUACCGCACCGGGAAGCUGCACUGCCCGGCGGACGUGUGCGGGCCGCUGUUCGAGGAGGAGCUCUCCUUCUGGGGCAUCGAUGAGACGGACGUGGAGCCGUGCUGCUGGAUGACCUACCGGCAGCACCGGGACGCCGAGGAGGCGCUGGACGUGUUCGAGCUGAACGUGGACAACGGGGACGAGGACGACGAGGUCGGGAAGAGGCUGGGGAUAGAGGACGUGGCCGCCGACGGGAACGGCGGCUUGUGGAGGAAGUGGCAGCCGGUGAUCUGGAACUUGUUCGAGGACCCCUACUCCUCCAGGGCGGCGCGGUUUGUGGCCUUCGCCUCCCUGUUCUUCAUCCUGGUCUCCAUCACCACCUUCUGUCUGGAGACUCAUGAGGCUUUCAACACCAUCAUCAACAAAACUGAAGCGGGUCGGAAUGACAGCCUGCCAGACCUGGGCCCGCAGUACGAGAUUGAAACUGACCCGGCGCUGACUUACGUGGAGGGCGUCUGCGUCUUCUGGUUUACCAUAGAGUUCCUUGUGCGCGUGACCUUCAGCCCAGACAAGCUGGAGUUCGUAAAGAGUGUGCUAAACAUCAUCGACUUUGUGGCCAUCCUGCCCUUCUACUUAGAGGUGGGACUGAGCGGCCUCUCGUCCAAGGCAGCUAAAGACGUGCUGGGCUUCCUCAGGGUGGUGCGAUUCGUCCGGAUCCUGCGAAUCUUCAAACUGACGCGUCACUUUGUGGGCCUGAGGGUCCUUGGCCACACGUUGCGGGCCAGCACCAACGAAUUCCUGCUGCUCAUCAUCUUUUUGGCGCUGGGCGUGUUGAUUUUUGCCACCAUGAUCUACUACGCUGAGCGGAUUGGUGCCAGCCCCAAUGACCCGACUGCCAGUCACCACACCAUGUUCAAGAACAUCCCCAUUGGCUUCUGGUGGGCCGUGGUCACCAUGACUACGCUGGGGUACGGAGACAUGUACCCGCAGACGUGGUCAGGCAUGCUGGUGGGUGCGCUGUGUGCCCUGGCGGGGGUGCUGACGAUAGCCAUGCCUGUGCCCGUUAUUGUCAAUAACUUUGGGAUGUAUUACUCUCUGGCCAUGGCCAAACAGAAGCUACCCAAGAAGAGGAAGAAGCACAUCCCGCAGGUGGUGCAGGGAAGCUCGCCCACCUACUGUAAAGCUGAACUCAGCACCACCUGCAACAGCACUCAAGGUGAUCUCUGCCAUGUCAAGGGGAGCAGGGGGCUGGAACGUCACCGAUCAGCAGUUGGCGGCGACUGUAGCGGGGGGAGUGAUAUGACCAUGUCCCCGGAGGAGCGGGUCCCCAUGCGUUGUUCCAGCAUGCGGGAUCAGGACCGCCGCAGCAGGGGAACCUGCUUCCUCCUGGCCGCCAGCGACUACAACUGUCCUGCUGAUGGAGGAAUCCGAAAAACAGGCUACGAGAAGUCCAGGAGCUUAAACAACAUCGCGGGCAUGGCCGGCGUGGGAGGGAACGCCCUGAGGCUGUCGCCCGUCUCCUCCCCCUAUGGCUCGCCCUGCCCCCUGCGGCGCUCUCGCUCGCCCAUCCCCUCCAUCCUGUGA